AUGGCGGCGGCUAGCAAUGUCUUCCUCAGCGGGCUCAUCGUCGUACGUGAUACUGCUUCAAAAGAUCAUGUUUUUGGUGCAAAAGAGGCUCUUUCGCUGUCUCCCAAUCUGUUUAACUUCUCCACUGCUAAAGACCAAAGUUCAGAGCAUAGUUCCAACUUUAUUGUGGUCGACUCCCUUCAUUCGUGUGAACUUUCCUCAGAGAAGGCUGCAAAAAAAGCCAAGUAUCACACCUGUCACAAAAAUUCUUCGAGUCUUACCAUUGAGUUCUUUAAGCAGAGCGGUUGGAGUGAUGCACAAGUCAUGAAACUUAUCCAGAAGUCACCGCGGUUGCUGCGUACUAAGGUAGAAACUGUCCUGAAGCCCAGAAUGAGAUCUUUGAAGGACAUGGGAUUUUCAGACACUGAAAUAGUUCAGCUAGUUUCAUCAUGUCCAUCUGUACUAAUACGUGAUAUCCAACCGAAGAUCAACUUCUGGAGGUCACUACUUGGUUCUAAUGAGAGGUUACUGAAAGCCUCUAGGAGGAACAUGUUUCUACUUACUUCUAGCUUGGCUCGGAAGAUAGAACCUAAUAUAUCUCUCUUAAGGGAAUGUGGCAUCAGUGACAAACGCAUCGCGUAUAUGGUGGUGACAAAGCCGACCAUUAUUGGUCGAUCAAACAAAUAUAUAAAGGAAGCUAUCAAAUAUGUUGAGGAGUUGGGUGUGCCAUGUAACUGUAGAAUGUUCCCUUAUGCACUUAGUAUAGUCACUGGCAUGAGCCGAUCCAGGUUUGAUGAUACCUUUGCAACCCUGAUGAACUUUGGGUUAUCCCGGCAAGACGUCAUUGCUGUAUUCAGGAAGCAUCCAACCAUUUGGGUUUUGUCAAAGAAGAACAUAUGUGACAAGAUGACAUUCCUGAUGAAGGAAGCUGGUUGUGAGCUGACAUAUAUCGUUUCCCAUCCUGUGUUUCUUGCAUGCAGCUUGGAGAAGAGGUUGAAACCUCGAUAUGAAAUUCUGAAUUUUCUUGAGCAGAAUAAAUUGCUGGAUAAAGUAUAUGGCCUGCUGUCCCUGAUAACGUUAUCUGAAAAGAAGUUCCGUAAGAAAUUUCUUUUCCUGCUUCGUGAGGAGAAAUCUAUUGCUCUGUAUGAUUCCUAUUUGAAAUCUGUUGCUCUAUAG